UGUUCAAACUGUCAAAGAUAUGAAUACUUUACAAUCUCUUAUUUCAGAGACUCAAAAUACAUAUUCUAUACUAGAGAUUAUAAAACUAGUAAGUAUAAAUGUGAAAUAUGCUCAAAAAGAGAUGAAAUAUAUCAAUAUACUCUGCUUAAGUGCUUCAAUUGUAAAGAAAAAUAUGUAUCUAGCUCAAAAGAAU